AUGGGUCUCGUCUACAAGUCUGCCGCGCAGCGCGCCACCGCGCCCGUCGAAGCUGCUAAGUCGCCUGCGCCGUGCCCGUACCCGACAUGGUCCUAUGACGCGGCAUUCGACCCGGACAGCGAGGAGUUCUUCGCUGAUGCCGUCUACGAGGCAGUGGUCAACCCGAUCCAGCAAGCGCCCGCACCGCUCAGCCCGAUCGAAUCCGCGUCGGCCAGCAGCUCAGACUCUGGCCGCAUCAGCCCCGACGCUGACGCGGACUCGCUCGACAACGACUCGAUGCCCCCACUCGACGUCCUCGACGACGUGCCCGGCGCUGCGCUGCGUCGCGUGCAGCAGGACGUCGAGAGCCUCACGUGGCUGGCGCGAGUGCCCACCGACGCGCACGACGUCCCCGCCGCGCCACGUCCAGCGCCGGCCACGGUCAACAUCCAGCGCGCGCGCUCGAUCAGCGAUGCGCCCAAUCCGCAAUCGUACCAGCGCUACAUCGCACACGCACGUGCCGGCUGGCUAAACGCCGUCGCCGGCCGCGGCUACGCCCUCGUACCACCCCCACCCAUCCGCGACGAACCAGCCGCACCGGCAGAACCCGAGCGGAUUGACGAGCACCGCUUGUUUUAUACUGGUGAAUACGCGACAGAACGGCCCAGCACGCCGCCGCGCCAGUACGAGUACACCGCGACUCAGACGCCCGGGUCGGGUGUGCUGCGCACGCCGUCGCCCCCGCCGUCCGUUACCCCGCACGCGUUCACAUAUUCGUUCGCGCGCCACGGCCGUCUGCCGAGUCUAGCGGGCAGCCCGACUGUCUCGCGCAUCGCUACGACGUUCUAG